CAUCCAGUCCUCAGACGAACCUCGACUUCGACACUUCUAAUCCACGGCAAUUGCAAUGAAGCUCGCCAUCAUUCUUCUUGCUUCGGCAAUGAUGGUAGUCGUCGCGAUGGCUGGCCCCAUCCCUGACUCCGGAUACGGUCAUGGACAUGGUGGACAUGGUGGACAUGGCCAUGGGCAUGGUGGCUACGGCCACGGCGGACACGGUCAUGGGCACGGGGGCUUUGGUCAUGGCGGGCAUGGUCAUGGCCAUGGUGGUUAUGGACAUGGUGGGCAUGGCCAUGGUGGACACGGCCACGGGCAUGGGGGAUAUGGCCAUGGUGGAGAUGGUCAUGGACACGGCGGAUAUGGCCAUGGUGGACAUGGCGGCCACGGUGGACAUGGCGGUCACGGACAUGGUGGUUAUGGCCACGGUGGACACGGCCACGGUCAUGGUGGGUAUGGCCAUGGGGGACAUGGACAUGGUCAUGGAGGAUAUGGCCAUGGAGGACACGGCCACGGAGGACACGGCCACGGACACGGCGGUUAUCACUGAAAGUAAAAGGCGCCGGGCUAAUGAAUCCUUCAUACGACAACGCUGAUUUGUACAGAAAUCCACCAAGAAACGUCGAAUGGACCAAGAGACGCAUUCUGGAAUAUCAGAUUUAUCACUUCAUCUUCUGUAAAUACACCCGGAAACAACGGAUUUAACAAUGAUUACAUUCUGGCAUAACUGAUUAUUCUCAGCUUUAUCAUUAAUUGUUCCCCUGAGAUUAUCGGAAAGGAAAGCUAUAACAUUAUUUCUGUGACUUUCAUACGUGCGUUUCUUGGUAACAUUAUAUGUAACUUAUUGGUUAUAUCAUAUGUAAC